AUACAGUGGAGUCAACUGAAUGGAAUAAACGCUGAAGCAAAGGCGUAAUCCCAUUUGCCGCCACCAAGUGGAGCUGUUUACACUGCACUAAUGGGCUGUUAAUCCUCUUAGCUCCCUCUAUCCUUAAGCCAUCUGCUCUCAGAUCCCACUCUGCACACACCUGAACAGGACAGCAAUUUACCACCAUGUACAAAAUGUACAGCGCUCAGUCGGACAAGGAGAGUGACGAUGAUAACAACUCACUCAACUCUUCUUUUUGGUCUGAUGGUGAGCGUCAGGAUGAGGAAGAUGAAGAGGAGAGGGUGGAGAUUCAGCAACCGGUCGAUGAAGAAGAAUCUAAACCUGCAGCAAAAGUAGAGGAAUCCCUUCAGGAGGAUUUAGGGGAGGAAAAGCCUGAGCUGAACAAACUGAACAAUGUUACAGAAGAAAAUCCAGAGGAGAGAACAACUGAUGAGGAUGACGACAAUGAUGACGACAGCGAAGGUGACAGUCAGAAUGAUGACAGUGAUGAUGAGGAUCACGAUGACGAUCACGCUGAUGAUGAUGAUGAAGACGAUGGUGUCAAUGAUGGCGACCCCAGUGAUGGGGAAAGGUGCAGCAGCAGCUCUGGUAGUCCAGCUCCAAGUCUGAUGACCUCUGGUUAUGGCACCUACAGACCAGAGGAGCAGGAGGCCGGAGACUACAGAGACAACCACACCAUUACAGAGUUUGACCAGGACAGUCAGGGAGACCUUUCUGAGGUGAGAGACGACGACGAUGAUCGGUCACUUUGCAGCUUCGGUGGGUUUGAUAUUGAACCCACACAUGAUCUGGACUAUGAGUCCGCUCAGCCGUUACAAGACGACAAACUCACCGAUGAAGUGGUUUGUUAUGAAGAUCCACAUGAAGAGGUCAACUUCACCAACAUGAAGGUGGAACAAGUGAAAAGUGAGGAUUCUGAGGAGAAAUAUGAGGAUUUGACAGAUACAAAAUCAGAAGAACAUCACCACCAUGUUACUGCAGCUGAAGACAGACUGUUGGAUGGAGAUCCUUUGGGUAGUGGAAGUGACUAUAAACUGAAUGAAGAAUAUGAAACGCCUGAAGCAGAGGAGCAGCAGUUUGAAGAGGAAGACAAUUUAGAGGAAGGGGGAUCUAAAAGGGAAGAUGAUCUGGAGAAAGCAGAGUUUGAAGAGGAAAGUAGUGUGGAAAAAAUGGAAUCGAAAGAGGAAAAUAAUUUAAAGAAAGUGGAGUCUGAGGGUGAAGAUGAUUCUUCAAGCAACAAGGACAUAAAGUUCAUUGACUCCAAAGUGGAUCUGAGCUGGUCCACGUACAGGAUGUUGGAGGAGUGGGAAGGAAACCUCAGACCAAGGAUGGAUGCUGCGAGUCGUCUGGAGGAGCGUCUGGCUGACCUGCAUUUGUCUCCGUCUGCUCAACAUGACUCCGAGAACGAAGACGUAACGAGUCGCAGCGACACCCAGAGCUCCGAGGCCGAGGGGAUGUCUCUGACAGCCUUCGAAUCCUACAUCAGAACCAUGACUCGAACUCGAAGCGACGGAGACAUCAGACCAAAACCCAAAUCUUUUAUCCGGCCAGUGCUGAGUCAGCCGAUCAUCAAAAAGACAGAUCCAGUGGCAAAGUACUUCCAGUAUAAACAGCUCUGGGAAAUGUUCAAACUUCCAGGAGAAAAAGACAGGAGAGAUCUUCGCUGGGAAAUACGGGAACGACUUGCAUACCAGCCUCCACCGCCGAAACCUCGCAGAGUUUUCGUACCGAACACCUACACUGUGCCGACGGAGAAAAAACGUUCAGCGCUCCGGUGGGAGAUCAGGAACGAUUUGGCCAAUGGCCUCCUUCCACACAAGUACAGCUACCGAUUUUAGGCCUUAACGUUUACAAAUGCCUUUUAGACUAUUUGAACCAGACUUUUACUUUUUUAAAUCAUUGUCACUAUUUAUUAAUGAUAUUUUUUUGUUAAACAUAAUAAACGUAAUGAAAACA